AUGGAAGCGAAACAAGAAGAGAUAUUUUUCCAUAAUUCUAAACAGUGGACACCGGUGGACCUGAGAACUCCUUUGGAUGACCUGUGGCACUGGGAACGUUCAAAAUACACCGUUAGUAAUGGAUCCCCUAGUGGGAUUUUGGAAGUGUCAAGUACACUGGACAAUUUGGACAGUCCUCUGUUUCCAACAAAAUAUAUCUAUUAUUCAGAGCAAGAUGGAAAAACCCAUCAUGUUUUCCGGCCCUGCGGUGGGACACUGAUGAAUACCAACUAUCCUCAGAAACUAGGAAAUACGCAACACGGUUUAUGCUGCUUUGCUGGACCAACAAAAACAAUGGCAUCACCAACAACGCUGGAAGAGUCUCCGUCAUUACCAUCAAGUGUUAUUCAGCCUAGGUCCUUUACUGGAAAUCCUACCCAAAAGGAAUCAGCUCUAAAAUUACUAAACGGUGAUGCCGAAGGUCAAAUACAAGCUGCCACUUCUUUGGCGAAUGAUCCUGUAGUAGCAGCUGCAUCUGCCGCUUUAGCAAAUUUUCACCAUCGAGGUUCGUUGCAACUGUGGCAGUUUUUGGUGGCUCUUUUGGAUGACUCCAAAAGCCAGCACCUUAUCUGCUGGACCGGCAGAACUUUGGAGUUUAAACUCAAUGAUCCAGAGGAGGUCGCCCGGCUGUGGGGAAUUCAGAAAAAUCGUCCGGCUAUGAAUUACGAUAAACUCAGUCGUUCACUGCGGUACUACUACGAGAAGGGCAUAAUGCAAAAGGUUUCGGGUGAACGGUACGUGUAUCGGUUUGUCUACGAGCCCGAAUUGUUAUUCGCCCUGGCAUUUCCAGGAGAAGAGCAACCGGCACUUGGGUCAACAAGCAGUGCUUUGGUAACUAGUCUUGGCGCCGGUCCAAGUCCUGGAGUUAGACAAUUAACCGAUGGCGGUAAAUAUGGGCAACCAGCCAGAAGCCAGCUGAAAGACACUGAAAAGGUCGGAUCAGGAUCAACCAAGCAAUGCUUUAUGAAGCAAGGCAACUCACCUCAGGUGAAUGUUGUGCAACAUCAUCACGACCAAACUACUCAACAACCAACAACAUGGCCAAUCCUUCAGAGCUCCUAUUCCUCCCCUAUUUCGUCCACCACAGCAAGAGUACCAAGCCUUCCGCUGGCAUCUCCAUACCCUAUUAUUUCCCAAGGUGCUGGUUUCCGACUUCCUCCCUACUUUUACCCACACACAUGCAACACCGAUUUCUACGCCGACUAUGAUACAUAUACCCAAAAUGGAAUAUGCUCCCAACAAGAACAGAGUUCACAACACCAUGCACAGUGUACGGUGGACGAAGAAGUAUCAGAAAACUUUCCGGUUAUUUCACAGACCCGUUCAAUUGCAACUGUUGUUUGCAGUACACCAAACAUCGAUCAAGAUCGCGGUAACUCUACCCGAGAACUCUUAAGUACACCUCCAUCUAACCUGCUACUCACGACCGAGCGAACUGCAAGCUUUACCGAUUUCAAUGCUGUAAAUGAAAUGCGUUCCGCCACCAUUUUAGAUAACCAGAAUGCUGAAGGAACGUCUGAACGGGACAGUUUGUGCACCCCGAUUCCUUAUGUCACUUUACAGCCUUUCGGUAUGGAUGAAACAGUGGACAUUGUGUACGAAUGCGCUUAUUCAUCAAAAGCACCAGAACAUACUGAUGUCCUACAUCCAGAAGGCUAUUAUUCCUACCAAAACUGUUUUGACUUUCCGAGGUCCAUUGUGAUAUACUCAAAUGAGGAGGAAUCAUUCUAG